GUGACUUGUAUCAGAGGCAACCACUGCUGCCAAACACUAGCAGAGAUAGCAAGUGGGGCCACAGCGCGAACGAUCCAUUGGAAAUCGAGUGUUACGACGAUGACGAAGAAAUCAUACAGAAGAGCACGGAAAGAAACGGUCACAUUGCGAUCGACCUGCCCUCUCCAGCCAGAGAGGAACCCCGUUUUCCACAGGAAAAGUGUAAAACGCUUCUGGCCGCCAUCAUCAUGAUGUUCAAUUUUGUUCUGACUCUCACCUCGCUGAGUCUUGUUCACGAGCGAGUGCCCAACAAAGAGGUUUACGGGCCUCUUCCAGAUGUGUUCCUCGACAACGUACCUGCUUAUGCCUGGGCUUUAGAUGUAUCAGAGUUCAUCAUUAUAUUUUGUGUGAAUACAAGCAUGAUAGCUAUGAUAUUUCACAAGCAUAGAUUCAUCGUAUUUAGAAGAAUAUUUUUACUAAUGUCCUUAUUGUAUAUGUACCGAGCCAUUACUAUGUAUGUAACGGUAUUGCCUUUGUCAAACCCGAGUUAUCCUUGUUCACCCAAAUCGAACGAGACGUCCCCCCUCAUGAUCGCCAAGCGGGUGGUGAAGCUGAUGUCUGGUCUGGGGCUCUCUCUCAACGGACAGCAUGUCUACUGUGGAGACUUUAUCUAUAGUGGGCAUACUGUCAUCUUGGUGUUUACUUCCUUACUCAUAUCUGAAUAUACACCCAGAAAGUUGUACCUUAUCCACUGGUUAUACUGGCUGUUAUCGUGUGUGGGUAUCGUAAUGCUGGAGCUAUCCCAUGGGCAUUACAGUGUGGAUGUUAUCAUAGCUUAUUUCAUCACCACCAGAUUGUUCUGGACAUAUCACACUUUGGCAAAUAAUUCCAGCUUGAAACAACGCUCCCCCAACAACUUACUAGGUCGCGAGUGGUGGUUCGGGCUGUUCCUCUAUUUCGAGGGGAACGUUGGAGGACCGCUGCCGAGAAAGUUCAAUUGGCCUCUGCCCUGGCCUCGGAGGUGGCACUUGAAAAGCCGGGCCAGUUAGUGAACGCCUCCGGCUGUCGUCACGCGUAAGGACUCUUUGAAUAUGUGAUAAAAAUAAUGUGUAAUGCCUUACUAACUCGAAUAUCCUGUGCUCUUCAUAUACAUACAACUAUAUACAAAGUGUUGAUUUUGCUGGUGGUGAUGUUUUCAGUCUGUCAUUGUUAUCAGAGUUUUCUUGGAAUUUUUAUACAUGUAUUUUUUAUUGGUAGUUUUUAACUAUUUCUUAGACGUUUAAGGUGAAAUUUGUAUAGUUGAAGAGAAUUCGUAUUAUUUUAUUUAUAGAAAACUUGUUACGCUUGGGUAAACGUUUAUUCAAACAUUUUUUUGUGUUUUAACUUGCCAAAAUCUCUGUGAAGCUUCAUUUUUCCCUGUAAAAAUUUUCAACAGUACCCAAAACCGUCUUGUUACAUAGAUGAUACAUGGAUGUUACAUAUUUUUCAAUUAACCAUUAUUACUCCACAGUUUUUUUUCACAAAGAUCAGCAUCCUAUUAUAUUUCGAUAAUCAAGUUCACAAUAUCGAUUUAUUUGGGUCUGAUACAGUAAUUCAGAAAUGAUUUAUCUUCAUUUCGUCUGUUAAUGAUGUACAGAAAAUUAUUGAUAUUCUUCAUUAUCAUCAAUAGAAAUUGAAACACAAAUGGUACGCUACUACAUAUUACAAUUUGCUCAAAAAUGAUUUAAGAAAUGUUUACCAAGAAAUUAAUUUGCUGUAAUGAAUUGACAUCAACACUUCGUUAUAUCUCUGUUACAUUCUAAAGAUUUGGAAUGAAUUAUUUGGUUAUUUGAAAAGGUAUUGAAGAGAGGUUUCAACUGGUGUAUGCAGAUUUUGAAGUGUCAUUAUUAUUCAUCCAUUUUUGUUACAAAUAAUAUUGAAAUUCUGUUCUAUUCAACAACUAUUUGAUUUAUGAAACUCAUUCCCGUUAGACAUUCAAAAAGUUUCAACUUGGGAAUACUCAAAUCAGAUCUCUGUAUUUUCAUGUGAAAAUAGAAAGCUACAUGCUUUUGUGGAAAAUAGGAUGGAAUUUUUUCAGGGGACUAAAUAGUCACGUCAUUGUCAACUGAAAAAAAGAGGUAAGAUAUCCUAAUACACUCAAUAUAUUGAAAAAAGUUUCUAGUACAGGAUUACUGUGUUUCAUUAUAAAACAGUUGUACUUCAUAUAUCUGUGAAUGAUGAUGAAACUACAGUAUCAAAAAGUGAUUCUUACAUACACUGUGUAUUCCUUUACUACGAGAUCACACUAUUUCCAAAACUGGAAAAAAAAUCUAACCUCCAUAUUCUGAAAUAUUCAAGUUUCUUCAGUUUAUCCGACAAACUCUCUUGUAGCUUCAGAAAACUUUACUGUGGUAAUAUCUAAGAAACAAUGCAGUAACGAUGAAUACCUACAUUAAACUUAGAAACAGGUUGGAAAAUGAUUAGUUCAGACAUUUCCCAAGCAAUUGAAAAUUGUCAUUGAAUUAAAAAAAUAAUCCUCCUUGAUAUCUAAGUUACAAAAAUCGGACAAGUUCAUGUUGCUUGGGUGUUCUUCUCAUUUCAAAUAUCCCUUUGUUUAUUAUUGGUUUGAUUUGAAUAUUCUUAGUUCCUUUUUUUUCAACGUCUUAUUCAUUAUGUACCUAGUUUUUUAUUAUGUAAUAUUUCAGUUACAUAAUCCCAUUAUGAUGAAUCGACAGUUAUAUCAAAUAAAAUCAUGGUUAUAGCCUUGUUACUUCUCUGUUACAUUCUGAUGAUGUACGAUGAAAAAUCACAUGGUUAUAGCCUCGUUACUUCUCUGUUACAUUCAGAUGAUGUACUAUGAAAAAUCACAAAUAAUAAUUGAGAAAGUAAAAAAGCUACAAUUGAAACCUGUGGCUUAGAAUAAAUCCAAAACGAACACUUUUCCCAGUCACUAGAACUGGAAUACUCUUCUUGACGAAUUCAGGAGAAACGCGCAUCGAGAAAAGUAUUGCAGUUCUGGUGAUUGAAAAAAGUGCUUGUUUUGCAACUGAAAAAGUAGUCUACACUCAAAUGUGGUGAAUUUUAAUACAUUUAUCAAUAAAUCAUUCCCGAGCAUACAUGUAACAUUCAUGUAACAAUGUUACGUUUGUUCAAGCUGAGGGAAACAUGGCUAAAAAUGUGUAAAGGUGAUUUCUUUGAAUUCUCUUCUUAUACAUUGAUAAAUGUUUUAUUGAGAAAUAAACCUGAGCAGAGAAAACUGUUUGAAGAAAUGAUUGAAUAAAAAUUAAUUCCAGGCAAUUUUUAGUGAGGAAUGUAUAUGGUGUAGCAUUUGAGGUUUGAAAAAUGUGAUAACAUAACAAGUAAUGGAGUUUUCUCUGACUCGGUAACAGAUAAUUGGGAACAUCUCGCCUUUUUCAAGCUCCAAAUGGGAUAUUGUGUCAUUCCAGGUUUUCUGUUGAUUCAUUUUGUUUGGGCACUAUUUGACAUAUGUGCCAACCAAAAAAUGUACUUCUUUAUGUGAAUUCUGCUUAGGAUAUUAACAAAAAGGAAAUUGAGCUCUGAGUGUAAUGUGUUUGUAAUACUUUCAACCAAUCAAAAAACUUUGUCUUUGCUAGUGGUAUUUCUGGGAAGAAAUGCCGGGUACACUGGUGAUUGCUUUCAGAUUUGUGAUAAAUGCGGAUAUAUUUUUUUAGAUACAUUGAAUAGAAUUAUCUGUACUGAUUGGUGUUGCGCGUUUCGGAUCGAGGCUGAAAUUCACGAGAAAAAAGUUGUUAAGACAAUAAUCGAAGUCGACAUGAACGCAAACAGGGUAAGCAUUUCUCCCUUUCUGCCAGUCAAAUCGAAAACCGUUUUCUUGUGAAAAUAUAGUGUAAGCCCACCUGGAAGUUGUAUAUUGUAAGAAUCAAACAUUAUGUUUCAAGUUGUUGGGAAUCUCAGAUUAUUUAUGUUGAAAUUUGCAAUUCUAUCCCCAUUGAAAGUUCUUGUGAAUUGUUGUAAUGAACCAUUACAUUUUUAUUUUUAAUAAACGUGUCUGGUUGAAA